AUGGCUUCAACAGGGUAUGGGCCCAGCAGAGAAUCACGCUGGUCAAGGUUGACUUUCGAUGGAAACGAAAGCAAUUACGAACUGUGGGAAGCGAAAUUCCUCGCGCACAUGAGGUUAUUAAAACUAAAGGAUACUAUCCUGCCGUCAGAAGAAGAGGCUGACGCAACAAAGAACGAAGAAUGCUACGCCGAGCUUAUACAGUGUUUGGAUGACACCAGUCUGUCAUUGGUAAUGAGGGAUGCUACCGACGAUGGCCGAAAGGCUUUACAAAUACUCCGAGACCAUUAUGCAAAUCAAGGCAAACCAAGAAUCAUCACACUCUACACUGAGCUAACGUCACUUGAAAAAUCACUUCACGAGACAGUCACAGAUUACUUAAUAAGAGCCGAGAAAGCAAUAACAGCGCUUAAGAACGCCAAAGAAACGUUAAGCGAUGGGCUAAUAAUUGCUAUGAUCUUAAAGGGGCUGCCUGAUUCAUAUAAACCGUUCUGGAUACAUGUGACCCAAAGUGCAAGUGAGAUAACGUUAGCGAAGUUUAAGAGCAUGUUGAGGAGCUUCGAAGAAACGGAAAAGCUCAACACCAAACCGAAAGUUGAUCAGAUAAUGAAAGCUGAGUUUCCUUCGCAAACAAUGACAUGUUAUGGCUGCGGGAAAAGAGGGCAUUUAGUCAGAGAGUGCCCUGCUAAGAGCGAGAAGAAGUGGUGUAACUAUCACAAAAGUACAACACACUCGGAUAGCACCUGCAGAAGUCAGCAAAAGAGCAAAGACCAAACCAAACAGGUGUCGGAGAAAGAAAACACCUCUAAAGAUGAACAUUCAUUUGCAUUCAAAGUUAACGACGAAGCAACAGGGAAAAUCAAUCGAAUGGGAAUGUUGGUUGACACAGGUGCCACUUCUCACAUUGUUACUACUGAUAUUUUAAAGCAAAUAGACAUGACAUUUAAACCAUCAAAACAUUACAUUGAACUGGCUGAUGGCACACGAGCCAGUAAUAUUGCAUUGAAACGAGGGGAUGCUGAAGUGUUUCUGAAAGAUACAAAUGGAAAAUGUGUGCAAACGGUGCUGAAAAACGCCUUAUAUAUACCAUCCUAUCCUCAAGAUAUUUUCUCGGUGAAGGCAGCCACAUCAAAUGGCGCCGAGCUUCGAUUUGCCCAAGAUACUGGUGAGCUAACCCUUGAAGAUGGUACCAUUGUUGAAAUUGAAGAACAUGGACGGUUGUACUAUUUGACUUCCAUAGACAGUCAUGAGAACGAUAGCGUAAGUGAAGUAGAUAAAGUAAAUCUCUCAUAUGAUAUUAACACAUGGCAUGAAAUCCUAGGUCACUGCAAUUUUGAAGAUAUUAUAAAACUACAGGGGGUAGUUAAGGGCAUGAAAUUCUCAGGUAAAAUUGGGUCAUCUAAGUUAGGUUGUAAUACAUGUGUAGAAGGAAAAUUUGUAAACAGCAGGAGUAGGAUUCCUGAUGCAAGAUCUCAAAAAUCAUUGGAGAAAGUGCAUGUGGAUUUGGCAGGUCCAGUUUCUCCUGUAUCAAGAGAGGGGUUUAAGUACUGCAUAGCUUUUACUGACGAUUUCUCAGGAGCAGUAUUUGUUUACUUUCUGAAAUGUAAAAGUGACACCUUUGUAGCAACAGAGAAAUUUCUAGCAGACAUCACUCCUUAUGGCAAGGUAAGUUGCAUCCGUUCUAACAAUGGCUCAGAAUUUACAGGUAAGGCGUUUCAAACACUACUAAGGGAGCGUGGCAUAAAACAUGAAACUUCUGCUCCCUACUCGCCACACCAGAAUGGCACCGCUGAAAGGCACUGGCGCACAUUGUUCGAAAUGGGCAGAUGUCUUCUUCUUGAAUCAGGGUUACCCAAAACUCUCUGGCCCUAUGCAAUUCAAACCGCAGCUCACAUUAGGAAUAGAUGUUUUAGUAAGAGAACAAAGACAACACCCUACUUUAGCCUUACUGGGAAAGUACCUGAUCUUUCUAAAAUGUGGAUCUUUGGAUCUGAAUGUUUUGCUUACGAACAGGAGCAUAAGAAAUUAGACUCAAGAUGCAGCAAGGGGGUAUUUGUGGGAUACGACAAAAAUAGCCCUUCUUACCUAGUGUACUACCCACAAAAUGGGAAAAUCAUGAAACAUCGACUCAUUAGAUUCAUCAAGAAAUGUAGUGUAGAACAGCACACACAAACUGAUGAGUCCAGCAGGGAUUGUGAUGUAUAUGAGAAAUCUGACCAUGAUACUAGAUCAGACUUAGAUAGUAUGAGCCUCCCUGUUUUAAGUGCAAUGCCGCCAAAUACAGUGCCUGAUGAGGAGCCUAGGGAUAGUGAGGGAAGACAUUGCAACCAUACUGAGAAUGACAGUGAGACAAAACGGUAUCCUCAAAGAGAAAGGAACCCUCCAAGAUACUUAGAAGAGGACACCCUCCUCCCUAAGAAUGCCGAUUGUGCCCACAUUAGUGUAGAUUACUGCUACAAAGUUUGUGGAUUACCACAAAAUUACACAGAAGCCAUGGGAUCACCUCAAGCUAGGGAGUGGGAGCAAGCAAUGAAGGAAGAGAUCAGCUCUCUGAAGGAAAAUGAUACUUACGAAUUAUCAACUUUACCAGAAGGUAAAGCUUCAGUAGGGGGAAAAUGGGUGUACACAACCAAACAAGAUCAGAAUGGCAUAGAGUCCUUUAAGGCCAGAUAUGUAGCGAAGGGUUACAGCCAGGUAAAGGGUAUAGGUUACAGUCAGGUAAAGGGUAUGACCUAA